AUGGCUCUUCCUGCAGUAAACCAGUUUCUUUCGUUAUAUCACGUUGCCCUUCCAUUUGAUUUACAAAUUUCCUACUCCAUCACAAUAGUUAUAGAAAAGGAAAACGUCGAUGGUUUGCAUGCAGAUGGGCUGAGAUUGAGUGAUCUAGAUUGGAAAGGCAUCAAUGCAUCGAAAUAUGUUUGGACAGUGAUAAAUCUACCAGAUCUAAGCAAGGUUGCAAUAUAUCACACUUCUUCCUCGGUAAAGUUCGGUCUCAUUGUGUUUGGAUGGAACUAUAAAUCUUCAUUUGGUUACCCUGGUGGCUAUGAUUUAAACCCUCUUUCACAUGGACCAUCGCCAGGUAAGCCUAAAAACGUUUCAGUUGCUGUUGAUAGAGGCAUUAUGAUCGUUAAAUGGUUGCCAACGGAGGUUUUUGCUGGUCAUGCUGAUCACUACUUAGUGUCCUUGAGAAAAAAUGGAAGCGAUGCUUUUCGGAAACCACAGGUUGAAACCAGUCCGUUUAUCCACGACUUUGCAAAUGAAUCUGGAGUGUACACUGUGAAAAUCGAGGCUGUUGAUAUUGGCAUUGUUGGUGAAGCUGCUUACUAUUACAAUAUAACAAUACAGAGUGAAGUUACCGAGGAAUCUAUUACCCCUGAAGCUAAGAAGUCUCAGCGCAAUAUGGCCGCUAUUGCAGGAGGAUUAGCCGGAACCGUUACAUUCGUUGGCCUUGCAAUAAUGAUUUAUCUUUUCUUAAUGCGAAGACGAAAUAAAGGAAGUCAAAUUCAAAUAACCUCAGAAUAUCAAUCCCGCCGGGAAAGUGAACAUACUACACAAGAUGGGUUCGUUAAUUUUGGGGAAAUAAACGAAUAUAACGUACCUCUGCCUGGCGAAAUUUCGUACAUUACGAUCUUAAAAGACUGGGAAAUCUGCCCAGACCGUUUGCAGAUUUUGGACGAGACACUUGGAUCAGGACAAUUUGGCAUCGUAAAGCAAGGGUUAUACACGUCUCUUCUGGAAGAAGGACACAAAAAGGUCGCUGUCAAAAUGUUAAAAGAAAACGCAACGGAACUUGAUCUAUCAGAUCUGAUAACUGAGUUAGAAACCUUGAAAAGAAUUAACAAAGACCUACACCCAAAUAUUGUAAGAUUGAUCGGAUGUUGUUUUUCGAAAGGGAAACUAAUGGUUGUAACAGAGUACUGCUCUCCAGGUAAUCUGCAAACCUUUCUCAGAAAAAGUAAAGUCGGUGACAACUCCACUACAUCUGACUUGCGAAAUGUUCAAAUGAUAUCGACUGUAAGUGGUCGUGAACUAUUGAAAAUGGGUUUGGAUGUAGCAAGUGGAAUGGUACAUCUUUCCGAUCUGAAGGUGAACAUAUUUGUUGCAUACGAUUUCAAAGUUAGACAGUUCGUUGCAAUUUUACCCUUAAACGCAAUAAUCAACAUAUCAGACAUAUUUUGUUUCUACUGUAUAAAAAUAGGUAUUAUUGAAAAGAUAUGGUAG